CUUAGCUCACUUUCGGUUUGGUAUCGCCUCCAUUUCUUCGCCGUUUGAGUUUUCUUUGAGGUGUUUGAUCGAUCAGGAUGCUCGCUUGCGAUGCCAUUGUGUGUUUAUCCGAGCUGUUGUUCGUCGUGAUCGUGGUUUCUUCCCGCUUUUCCUCGGGCGACGAUGGCGGCGGCGGCGGCGUCGGCUUCCUGUACCAAGGGUUCCAGCACGCGGCGAACCUGACCACGGACGGGUCGGCGUCGGUGCUGCGCGGCGGCGCGCUGCAGCUCACGAACGGCAGCAACCGCCUCGUCGGGCACGCGUUCCACGGCUCUCCGGUGCGGUUUCUUGGCGGCGGCGGCGGUGGAGGAGGAGGAGGGGGUGCAGUGUCGUCGUUCAGCACGGCCUUCGUCCUCGACAUCGUGACCGUCGGGACCGGCGGUGGCCACGGCCUCGCGUUCGUGGUGGCUCCGUCCGCCGUGCUCCCCGGCGCGUCCCCCGAGAUCUACCUCGGCGUCCUCGGGCCAGGCACCAACGGGAAGGCGUUAAACCAUGUGUUCGCCGUCGAGUUCGACACGGUGAUGGACAUGGAGCUGAACGACACGAACGGCAACCACGUCGGCGUCGACAUAAACAGCCUCGUGUCGAACUUGUCGGAGCCGGCCGCCUACUUCACCGGCGACAACACCAAGGUGCCCGUGACAUUGGAGAGCGCGCAGCCAAUCCAGGCGUGGAUAGACUACGACGGCGGAAGCGGCAUCCUCAACGUGACCGUCGCGCCGGUGACGGUGACAGAGCGGCCUCUCCGGCCGCUCAUCUCCACAAAGCUCGACCUCCUGCCGAUCUUUAAGGAGAACAUGUAUGUCGGCUUCUCGUCGGCGACGGGGAAGCUGGCGAGCUCUCACUACAUCUUGGCCUGGAGCUUCCGGGCCAACGGUGUCGCGCAAUCCAUUGAUCUCCGGCGGCUUCCCAGAGUCCCAAAGACGAGCACGCCGCCGCCCAAGAUCCUCAUCAUCAAGUUCGCCGCGGUGGCCUGUGCAGGGACGCUCACUCUGAUCGCUGCCGCGAUUGCUACGGUGCUCUGGCUCCGGCGAAGGGCGGCGCUCGCCGACACGCUGGAGGAGUGGGAGCUGGAGCACCCUCAUAGGCUCACGUACAGGGAGCUCUACAAGGCGACGAAGGGGUUCAAGGAGAGCGAGCUUCUCGGCGCUGGCGGCUUCGGCCAGGUGUACAAAGGCGUGCUCCGGCGCCGCUCCGGCGAGACGGUGGCGAUCAAGAGGAUCUCGAAUGGCACGAAGCAAGGGAUGAGGGAGUUCGUCGCGGAGAUCGCCAGCCUCGGGCGGAUGCGCCACCGCAACCUGGUCGAGCUGCGGGGGUGGUGCAAGCACGACCAGGACCUGCUGCUCGUCUACGAGUUCAUGCCCGGCGGCAGCCUCGACGCACGGCUGUUCGGCACGGCGGCGGAAGGGGUGAAAGCGCCGCCGCUCCUGACGUGGGCGCAGCGGUUCGUUAUCCUCAAGGGCGUCGCCCAUGGCCUGCUCUACCUGCACGAGGAGUGGGAGCACGUGGUGGUGCACCGCGACGUGAAGGCCAACAACGUGCUCCUGGGCGCCGACGACACGGGCGGCGCCAGGCUCGGCGACUUCGGCCUCGCGCGCCUCUACGAGCACGGCGCGACACCGGCGACGACGCGGGUGGCCGGCACGCUGGGAUACAUGGCGCCCGAGCUCACCGUCACCAGCCGCGCCACGACGGCCACCGACGUGUUCUCCUUCGGCGCGCUUCUCCUCGAGGUGGCCUGCGGACGCCGCCCGAUCGAGGCGGCCGCGGGGGCGGACACCGACGUGCUCCUGCUGCGGUGGGUGCGAGACCGCGCUUUCGACGACCACGGCGGCGGCCUGCUCCGAGCCGUGGACCCGAGGCUGGAGGGGUGCUACGACGAGGAGGAGGCGAGGCUGGUACUGUGGCUUGGGCUGAUGUGCAGCCAGGCUCGGCCGGAGGCGAGGCCCAGCAUGAGACAGGUGUGCCGGUACCUGGACGGCGAGGAGGCAUUGCAAGAGAGUGCUUCCCCGGCGGUCAUCUUCUCCGGCGCCGACUCGUGCGAUCUCUUCGGCUCGGUGUUCGUCUCCAUGACGUCGUCCUCUGCCGGCGGCACCAUGUCGACCAGCUCGCUGCAAGGCGGCCGGUGAACUACGAUAUAGGAUACCUACAAGUGUACACGCUAAUGUACAUUUCGCCUGUGUAAACAUAAGGACGUGACGUUUGUUGACUGUGUGUACAGUGUGAUUUAUCACCGAAAAUAUCAA